CCACUCGAUUUUUGCUCGUGGGCAGAGCAAGGGAGGCUUGUGCGCUGUAUCUGGAAUUACAAACCAGGCGGGCCAAUUCGCGAUCCCCUUCGCCGUUCUUUAUGGAUGCUUUAUCAGUCCAUUCCCGAUUGAGCCGCCUUGCAAUUGACUCUCAACACAAAGUGACACAUGAGAAUGAAGAAGGUUGGAGCCUGAGAUGCUGCGUUGUCGUCAGGAUAAGCCAAAGAAGGAAAUCACAUUAGUGAGGAUCCGUGCCCAACAAAAAUCACAGCCCCACAAACAAACAGACAGCCAUGCCUUACAGCCCAUCCUGAUCCCCACCUGCACCAUUGCAGCUCUCCGGUAGUUUAACUAGUGACCUUCCACUCGCUGUCUCGUGAGCAUGGCUACACCCUUCUUGUGGAAGCUGUCGUCCCAAAAGCUUGGCUUUUUCCUGGUCAGCUUUGGAUUUAUCUGGGGCAUGAUGCUGCUACACUUUACCAUCCAGCAGCGAGCCAGCCAUGAAAACAGCGGUAUGCUCCGGCAACAGAUCCUGGAUCUCAGCAAGCGCUACAUCAAGGCACUAGCUGAGGAGAACCAAAGUGUCAUGGAUGGGCCUUAUGUGGGCACCAUGACAGCUUAUGACUUAAAGAAGACCCUUGCAGUACUGCUAGAUAACAUCAUGUUAAGGCUGGACAAGCUCGAAUCCAAGGUUGACAACAUCUACAAUGGCACAGGAAAUAAUCUGACCAAUGGCUCAACACCAAGCUCCAACAAUCCAGAAAAAGUCAAUGUGGCAGAUCUUCUUAAUGGAGCCCAGGAGAAGUGUGAGCUGCCGUCUUUGGAUGGAUUUCCUCAUUGUGAGGGCAAGCUCAAGUGGAUGAAGGAGAUGUGGCGCUCAGACUCUUGCUAUACCAAUUAUGGUGUGGAUGGAUCCACCUGUUCCUUCUUCAUUUACCUCAGUGAAGUGGAGAACUGGUGUCCUCAUCUGCCUUGGAGGACAAAGCGCUUGAAUGACGACAUGGACAGGAGGGGGCAGGCGGAGAUCCGGACCAGUUUUGAGGAACUAUACCGUGUGAUGUCUCAACGGGAGGAGUUCCGCUGGAUGAUGCUGAGGAUCAAACGUAUGGCUGAGCCAUGGGUCCGUGCUAUUCGAUCGUUGGCCGCCAAGCAGAACCUGACCAAACGGAGGAGAAAGAAGGUUUUGGUGCACUUGGGUCUGUUGACAAAGGAGUCAGGCUUCAAAAUAGCAGAAAAUGCCUUCAGUGGUGGCCCGCUGGGGGAGUUGGUCCAGUGGAGUGACCUCAUGACCACGCUUUACCUGCUAGGUCACGAUGUCCGCAUCUCUGCCUCCCUGGCUGAGCUCAAAGAGAUCAUGCGGCGAGUGAUGGGGAAUAAGUCCAGUUGCCCCACUCAAGGUGACAAGGUUGUUGAGCUCAUCUACAUUGAUAUUGUGGGGCUCACCCAGUUUAAGAAAACGCUUGGACCUUCAUGGGUCCACUAUCAGUGCAUGUUGAGGGUGUUGGAUUCCUUUGGAACAGAACCAGAAUUCAAUCACGCCCAUUAUGCCCAGUCCAAAGGUCACAAGACACCAUGGGGGAAGUGGAACCUCAAUCCUCAGCAGUUUAACACCAUGUUUCCUCACACUCCAGACAACAGCUUCCUGGGCUUUGUAGUGGAGCAACAUCUUAAUGCCAGCGACAUCAAACACAUUGAUGACAUCAAGAGACAAAAUCAGUCUCUAGUCUACGGCAAGGUUGACAACUUCUGGAAGGACAAGAAAAAAUACCUUGACAUCAUACACAGCUACAUGGAAAUUCACGGCACCGUGCAUGGCACCAGCACUGUCCAUCUCCCAAGCUACGUGAGGAACCACGGCAUCUUGAGUGGACGAGACUUGCAGUUCCUCCUCCGAGAAACCAAGUUGUUUGUGGGUCUGUCUUUUCCCUACGAGGGACCUGCUCCCCUGGAGGCCAUCGCCAAUGGGUGUGCAUUCCUCAAUCCUAAAUUCAAACCACCGAAAAGCAGCAAGAAUACUGACUUCUUCAAAGGAAAGCCCACCCUGAGAGAGUUGACCUCUCAGCAUCCCUACGCUGAGGUUUAUAUUGGUCAACCCCAUGUGUGGACUGUUGAUAUUGAUAAUGCCGCUGAAGUAGAAAGAGCAAUCCGCUCCAUCCUCAGCCAGAAGAUCGAGCCUUAUUUGCCAUUUGAGUUCACCUGUGAGGGGAUGCUACAGAGAGUCAAUGCCUUCAUUGAAAACCAGGACUUCUGUCACGGUCAGGUGAUGUGGCCUCCACUCAGUGCGUUGCAAAUGAAAAUGGCCGAACCAGGGCGUUCCUGUAAGCAGGUGUGUCAAGAGCAACGGCUCAUCUGCGAGCCGUCCUUCUUUCAACACCUCAACAAGGACAAGGACUUGGACAGAUUCGGCGUGGACUGCCAUACGGUGGAGUCGAGCGCUGACACAGUGGUCCCGGCCUACAGCGAGAGCCGUCGCCACUGCAUCUUUCAGUCUGACCUCCUACUCUUCAGCUGCGCUGGCGCCCACCAAUCCCUAAAGCGCAUCUGCCCCUGCCGUGACUACAUGAAGGGCCAGGUGGCGCUGUGCAAAACCUGCCUAUAGCAGCGGCAGCGCGCACCCGUAGAAGAGGAAGAAGAGCCGCCGUGUUUGAUGAAACCCAACCGGACUCCUCUGAGGGAAGCAUUUUGGACAAACACAGGACUGUGAGUUUUCAAUAUAUUUAUUCGUUUGUCGACUGCUCAAAGAAAAACACCUCUACGGGAAUAGAGCAGCGGCAAUAUAAAAUUACUUGAAUCAACAAAGGGAGUCAUCUUGGACUUUUAAAAAGAAGAAAUGCAGCACAUAUCAGUGAGUGGCGUCCCGUUUGUCUCCAGUUUCGGCAGAAAUGCAAGCCAGCUAAAUAGUGUUCCCGACAUCCUCCACUCGUGUUCCCUGCUUAAUUAGAAUCUGUUCUUUCUUGAGGUAGAUUUACACUGGAACACCAACAGGCAUACUAAACAGACAGCUAGUUUUACACUGUAAUAAAUCUCUGUCAAAAAGUCAUGAAAGUUAACUAUUGUAUAGAGAUCUAGAUUUGUAUCCUGUAAGUAUGAUCAUUUUCUGAAAUGUCUAGUUGCAGAUAUUUUGCCAUGAAAGUGUUUUUUUUUUUUUCUUCACACAAAUUGCACACUUAAUUUAAAUUAUGUAAAAAUGUAAAGUGGACCGACAGCGUAUGCUGAAUAUAGAGGCCAGUAGGUUGUAGGAAAUGGUUAAUUCAGAAACAGAGACCCCAGUUUCUGAAGGUAAAACUGCCCUGCGGCAGGACUAUGAUUAUUGUCAUUUUAUGAUUCAUUCAUUCAUAUUUUUCAUCACUUAUCCUGUUCAGGGUCACAUGAAAGCUGGACUUUAUUUUGGUGGAUUUAGAACACGGGUUAAUCAUGGAUAGAUUUUUUAUUACUAUGUCACAAUAGAUUACUGUGGUCUGUAUCAGUGAUCAGUGAUACCCUGAGGAUAGCAAGAGAUUGAAAUGUUAAAUAAUGUUUCUCCUAGACAUGGAAAACUUGGAGAAAUGUUGUUUCGUACACUAAUCCUUGAAAACAAAACGGCCCCAAAUCUUCUGAUGGCAACCGAAUGGUUUCAAAAUUCUUGCAGAUAUCAGUGCAUUCAAAGAACAGGUUAAAAAAAAAACACUCCAAAACAUUGUGGGUGAACGUGCACUACAUUUGUAUUUGCCUAAGUUAACAAAAUAUUAUUAGCAGUAUACACUGUUUAUAUGGGUUUCUAAAAUUUCUAUUUAUUUUGUAUACUGAUGUUCAUCUUUGUUUUUGCUUUUGACCUUUAUUUAUAUGAGGCGUGUCUUAUUUAUGAAGAGAAAGUCUUUCGUUUAUGACCACCAGAGGGUGGCAUUGUAUGCUUCUGUUGGUUUGAGCAGUAAUAGGAGGCGCAUUGUUUGGGUUAGAUCAAUAAUACAUGCCCCAUUUUUGGUUGAUAUCACUCAAAGACAGUUUGGCCAUUUAUCAUUUACUUUCAUUCUUCUCAUUUCUGUCUUUUAAAAAGUACAGCAGCGGCAGCAAACGUGCCUCAUUAUACUGUGACAGUGUGCAGGCGCUCAUAGCCGAUUUUUCAAGGUUUGCUCGUGAGUCCAGAGACGACGCCUCUGACACAGACUGUUUUUUUUUUCAUUCAGUCAUUGUAUCUUCUUCCUUUUCGACAGAUAAGUUUCUGUUUCAGAGCAUGAUGUGCCUUUACAAUCCCGCGUCCAUCUAAUCACAAGCUUCAAUCACCUGCCAAAAAUAGAAACAAACGUGGAGUUCCUAACUCAUCUGCCACUGUCAACUUGAAUUUGUUGUGAUUUCAUCACCAGAAUCUGGUGUUCUGCUUUCCUCGAGUGAAUUGAAUCGAAUCGCUUUUCAUCUUGUUUUAAAUGCAUUUGACAUUUGUAAUGUAAGCAGUGUAUUAGGUAACUGUCCUGGGUGCUGGAAGCGACUGUCAAUGGAUUAAACUGUUAGCUUGCAACGCUUUGCUCCAAGUGAGCUGUAAUGUUAUCACCCAGUGCAGUUGAGUUACUUUUUGCCUUAUACGUUUGACCAUGCCUGCUAUAAAAAAAUGCAUGUCUCUCCAUUUACAUUGACCACCGUGGCUUAAAUGUAAAUCUGCAUUUCACAUCUGCAGCUAAGUUAUUUAUCACUGGUUUUAUUAGGCCCAUCAAAUAAAUGUACGUAACAUCCAUUAGGGAUUUUAAUUGGCCUUUCCAUCCGAAGAGAAUAAAUCCACUGGAUUGUCCUUUUAUUUGAGGAAGCAACUGAUGACAAUUUGAGUGCAGCACGCGGUUAAUGGAGCGUUGGAUAUUGGCCCAGAUACAAGACCUUUAUUUCAAAUGUACAAAUCUGUCCUUUGUCCAAAUGACUUUCAAUGUUUUGAUAUUCUUUGGUGCUGUCACGUAUCAUCCAGAGCGGCAAUGUUUCCCACUGGCAAAAAGGAGGACACAAUUGCGUCUUUGUGUUAACAAAUCUCAAUAAAAGGGAUGUGAUUUUAUUUUUAAAUAAA